AUGGUUCGUGAUGUUGCUUACUUCCUGGACCGAUCCACUGCAUAUCUGUGCAAGACAGAUACGGCUUUCCCUUUUUCAGUGGAUGUCACAAUGAUGUGUCUGGCUUCCCUAUGUGUUUUCACCGACCGCUAUCUCUAUAGCUGCCCUUCAGAAUGCUCCGCAAUUUCCCGGUUACAGGGCAAUCAUACAUCAGCUCAAAUACGUUCCUUUAUUUUAGACUUUAAGAAUCUUUUUGACCGACGCCUUGUUUCGAUAUGUCAAGGUAGUGGUUUCUAUCAAAUCUUUGUCAUCUUGGUACGUAAUUGUUUGCUUGACAGUAUACUUCAUUCUCAGAACUUUGGUUGUUGGAUUUUUAAAUUACACCAGAAUGAACUCUUUAAAGAAGAAAUAUGCCAUUUACAUUUUUGUCGUCUCUAAAUUGACAGUGUUCGUGUUUUUCAUUGUUACUUUUACCAAUCUCAUGGUUACCCGUUUGGCCCUGAGUGUGGAAACCCGCGAGAUACAUAAAACAGAUCGAGCUAUAAACUCACUCGAUUUGGAUAUCAUAAACGGACUGCUGCAGGUCUUUGGUACAACCACUUUUAGAAUUAGGUUGAUAAAAUUCUUUUAGGAAAAGUUUUCCGUCGACGACAGAAACAUUCUUUGCUUCCACAUGUCUUUGGAGAGAGAAAGAUAGAGGAAGUCGAAAGAGGCUCAUUCUCGACCUCAGAGCCACUCGUUUUCGCUUACUCUGACCGCAUGACCGGCUCAUUACAAUGAUUGCGCCCACACGGAGCGAAGGAAUUUGUUUCCUUCUUUUUUAUUUUACAAUUUCCGCUGUUUGUGGCUACCGCCUAACCUCUUAUGUAGAUCAGUUUUUUAGCGAUUCGAUAUCGUUUGAGCUAAACAUUUUAAUGUUUUUGUUUGGUUAAAUGUACUAAAUUUGUAAAAUUUAUUACCUUGUUUUGAAUGUCAAUGUUGGAACAGUACGACGCAUGAAAGAAGCUAGUGUGUAUUGUAAACCACAAAGCCAUAAUUCGUCAUACCACACAAAAGAAGUUCUCCACUUCCGGUUUUCUGUGUCAUGUACUUCGAGUUUGCACAGAAUCUUGGGCCUGGGGUUUUUCCCUGACAAAACAACUCCCAAUAAAAGGCAGCAUCGCUUUCCGCAAGUUCACAGUUUAAAUCGUUUUCUCGAGAUUUUUCGUUCGUUGAUAUUUAUGUUCAAUUUCAUUUGGACCUUAUUAAUCUUACUGAAUCCCUUUGAAACAUUCUCAUAACGGAUUGAGGUGGCGAGGUUGGGAAAAACGUUUAUAAAACAGUCAAACGUCGCAUCUGUAUAUUCAACAGGGUAAGACUCUACAUGGUUAUGAAGGAUUUGUAUACAUUAGGUAAAUGCCUUUAUUUUGAGCUUCUCUGUCAAAAUUAACACUUUCAAGUGUUUUUGAAAUCUUUUUGGAUUUUCUUUGAUUUCUGGUGGUGUGAUACUCUCCUACAACUACAAAGAAUUGCUAACUUAAUUGGAAUACUUCGUUGCAGUGAAUUGCCGUCCAGCGUUAUUUUAAAACUUACCUUAAAAUGCUGACGAAUUCACAAAAAAUUGCAGAGGAAAAGAAACGGUAUUUACUUAAAAAAAAAGAAAUAAUAAAGUUGUAAAUUUAGUGGGAUUUAGCAGUGGACAUGGAUACGAGGUGGUGUGAGGUUUUUGUAUACUGAGUAAAAAUUUUUAUUUUGAGCUUCUCAGUUGUUUUUUUCUCCUCCAAUUUUUUUUUAACUUAUCCUAAUUCUCUUUUAAUUCUGGUUAUGAAGGCACAGAAUUACAACUGCCGAGGAUUCUAACUUUUACUUGACUCUGGCGCUACGGUGCACUUGCUUAAUUAAAACUUACACUCAGAGUUGACGAAUACAACAAAAAGCAACAGGAAUAAUAAUCUAUCUAGGAAAAAACGAAUGAUUCUUAAUUGUUUCGAGGAAAGUCCAAUGGAUUGCUUUAAUUUUGUGUUUAGUGAUGAGCGAAGCACUUUCACUCUACUUACGAAAUUGAAAGUGCUUCAAUCAGCACCAAUCUCCAAAUUAAAUAUGGGUGUUUUUUUAAAUUAUCAUUACUAUUAUUUUAGACCCCUUUUAACAUAGAGGCGUGAUCACAAAGGAUGAUCACGUAGGUAAAAAUUGUGAUCAUAGUCUGGAAAAAUUUCCGGGCAUGAUCACGCUAAGUCUCCUUCGCAGCCGUGCUUAGUUAGUUCUCCUUAGUUCAUAACUAAACAGUCGUUCGUAGGGAGGAGCUUUGCGUGACGAGUCUAUGAACGGCUAAGAAGGAGACUAUAUCACGCUGUUAUUUCUGUGAGUCGUGACGUUUGUUUUCCCAAAGCGAUUUUAUAAAAUUUCUUUGCCAAUGGAGAUAGUCAACAUUUCCACCAGUCUGUUCUAAACUCCAAAUCAGCAUGCGGCUAGUUGUGUGUUAGUGAACAUUUGAAAACAAUGCUGUCUACGUUAGUGCGUGACAGUCUGUUGCUCCAGUAAGAAAAAAACAAUAAAGGUUCACAAAGAAACGUGUGAAAAAUAAUUGCAAGUAUGAGUUGAAAAGAGUUUCGUAAAAUAAAUACCUGCUUUAGAAUUUUUUUUUUUCUGAACGAGUGCGUGACUCGGCUGCGUGAGAACUGCGUGAGAACUCGAAGGAAUGGAGGUUCUUCGUGACAAAAGUCACGCAUUGAGCGUGAGAUUCACGCUAAAACUAUUACUUUUCAUACAUUUAAGGUUUCUGAUACGAACUGUUGAUUUUAAUUUCAAGAAGAAACCGCUGUUUUUGUAAAGUGCCUAGAAAAUUAAUUAUCUUUCUAGAUGAAAUUUGGUGUGCAUAUAUUUAGAAUGAGUUAGAGCUUCCAGCUUUGAUCGAUUCAAACUUCUCGGAUGUAAUUUGGACUUGACUUGUGGCGGUAAAUGGUAUGAACGUCACGCAGUCACUGAAUUUUUCUCUGUUUUCAACAGGAUUAAUAUCACUGUAACUUUGUGUAAAUAAAUCAAGGUUUUGUAUAUAAUUGAACUUAAAUAUAAUAUGUGAGAUUUAUGAAUCUCAUCACCUCUGGGGCUGCUUUUCUUUUUACUCCAUUUAUCGAGAGCGUAUAUAUUAUUUUUUAAUUCAGGCUCCGUUGACCUGACGUCUACUAGUUCCUUUUGCACUUUAUCACAUGAUAGUGUUCAAACAGAAAUUUAAUAGCAAACCUUUUUUUCACAUCAGUAGUGGCUAUGGAGAGGUCUUUCAACUGAAGUUCCAGCCGUGGACGUUGAAACAGCUGAGAGAAAUUUCAGAGGAUGUUAAUCAUGAGAAUCUUUACAAGGUAAAGUUCACUUCAAGCUUCAAUUACUUUGCCACAAGAACAUGCACUGUGUAUUCCUCCUGUAUAUAGAUCGUAGCAGAGGUAAAACAACAUGUAUGACCACCCCGUGGGGUGUACUUCCUAGUAAUAGGCUGAUGGGGAUGUGCCGCCGGAUAAAGAGGCAUUUUCACGACCGAAUUGACUAUAAUGGGGUAGCAUUUUCAAGAGAUUAAAUAACUAGAAUUGGGUAGCACAUUUUAGGAACUUUGGGGGAAAGAAAAUUCUCGAAAAGUGGGGACUUAAAAACGGAAAGUUCGCAGUUAAAAGUUUGUUACCAGCUCGCAUUGCCAAAGUGACUAUAAUGAGAUCGAUAAUUAGCCACAGAAUAGACUGUAACGGGGUAGGGGGUUCUGAAAGACCAGCGGCACAUACCCACAAAAAUUGACUCAAGUACCUCCUCAAUUUAUCGUAUAUUUUUUUUCUUAUCCAGGGGAAUGUGACGUUACCAUGACUACAGCUUCCCUUGACACUGAUCAGCCAUUGCUACGUAAAUCAGCCAAAAUAAUACUAAUCUGGCUAAGACGAAGAAAUCUCUGUUAUGCACAUGCAGAUUGUUGUUGCUAUGGCAACUAGUUGGGGCACUUUUGUACAUGAUUCGUGAUGUUGCUUGCUUCAGGGUCCAAUCCACCGCAUAUCCGUGCAAAAAAGAUACCUAUUUCCCUUUUUCAGAAGAGCUAACAAUAGUGUGGCUGGCUUCGCUGUGUAUUUGCAUCGCUAUCUUCGUAGUUGCUUUUCGGAAUGUUCCACAGUUCCCUGGUUACGAGGCAAUCUUAUAUAAGCUCAUGUUUGUUCCUUCAUUCUUGACUUUGGUUCUUCUUCUCACCCUCGCCAUAUGUCGAUAC